AAUUAUCAUGCGGUCUGUUCUCCUUACUCUUACGGCUGUUACUGCUGCUCUGGCAGCACCUCUCGAUGAGAAACGUGCCAUUGGUCCUUCUGCAGUCGUCAAGAACGGAACAGUCGUUGGCAGCACUCUGGGGAAUGUCGAUUCCUUCAAGGGCAUUCCAUUUGCCCUUCCUCCUACUGGUAGUCUUCGAUUGAAACCCCCUCAAUCAAUUACCGCAGCCUAUCCCUCAGGAACGUUUGCAGCCACUGGCGUACCUAAAGCAUGCCCUCAGUUCUUCAGCCAGGUCGACAGCUCCGAUAUCCCUUCUGACGUUCUCGGGGAGCUUCUUAUGUCACCUUUGCUACAGGUGGCUACCAAUACCGGCGAGGAUUGCCUGACUCUCAACGUGCAACGUCCUGCUGGCACUACAUCAUCCAGCAAACUGCCAGUAGUCUUCUGGAUCUUUGGCGGUGGUUUUGAAGUGGGAUCCACACAGAUGUACGACGGAACUCCUCUCGUCUCCGAAUCUGCCACCCUUGGCCACCCUGUCAUUUACGUCGCCGUCAACUACCGCGUAGGAGGCUUCGGCUGGCUUGCUGGAAAGGAGCUACAAGCUGAUGGAUCCACCAACCUCGGACUCAGAGAUCAAAGAAAAGGCCUCGAGUGGGUGGCUGAAAACAUUGCUGCGUUUGGUGGUGAUCCGGACAAGGUCACAAUCUGGGGCGAAUCAGCUGGCGCCAUCUCAGUCUACGACCAGAUGAUCAUCAAUGGUGGCGACAACACGUACAACGGCAAGGCUCUAUUCCGUGGAGCUAUCAUGAACUCGGGAUCUAUCGUGCCAGCUGUCGAAGUUUCACACCCAAAGGCUCAGGCAGUGUACGACGUCGUAGUUAACGCAGCUGGCUGCUCUGGUAGCAGCGAUACACUUGAAUGCCUGAGGACUAUCGACUACGAAACAUUCAUGAGAGCUGCCGACUCAGUCCCUGGGCUGUUCAGCUACCAAAGCAUAGCAUUGGCAUACCUUCCUCGCCCGGACCCCUCAAGCUCCUUCUUCCCAGUUUCUCCCGAGGUCGCGAACCAGAACGGCAAUUAUGCCAAGGUGCCCAUGAUCGCUGGAGACCAAGAAGACGAAGGUCCUCUCUUCAGUCUGGUCCAGAGCAACAUCACAACGGAUGCGCAAUUGCUCGACUACGUUGCAAGCGCCUUCCCCGAUACACCGAGAUCGGUUGUCGCUGCUAAUGUGGCCACUUAUCCCAACGAUCCCAGUGCUGGCUCGCCUUUCAGAACUGGUAUCUUCAACAACAUCUACCCACAAUACAAACGUCUGGCCGCCCUAUUCGGAGAUGCUGUCUUCAAUCUUCGUCGUCGUCAACUUCUCUACACUGCCUCAUCUGUCGUCCCUAUGUGGAGUUACCUCGACAGCCAUCUCUACGGCACUGCAGUCUUGGGAACCUUCCACGGUAGUGAUUUGCUCGCCAUCUUCUUCGGUACUGGUGGUGUUACCACUCAGAAGACCUACCUCGACUACUACACCUCCUUCAUCAACUAUCUCGACCCGAAUGCUAUUGGUAGUGGUGCUCCUUUGAUCUCUUGGCCUCAGUACAACACUACGAAGCCUACGCUGCUGCAGUUGCAGGCGGUUGGUAACAAUCUUUUGCCUGAUACCUACCGCAGUGCUAGUUUCCAGGCUUUGCAGGCGAAUGUUGGUUCUUUCCGUACGUAGUGGAGAUCCUCAUGUAUGUAGUGGUCUCCUGAAUAUAUGUUCAAUGCUCAC